AUGGCAGAAGGCGCCGCUGCUGCUGCCGGCGCCAGCGCGCUAGCGGCCGCUUCACAGCGGCGCGGCUGCUGUUUCCCGAUUCUGAGCUUCCUGCACGUACCGGGAAAAAUGACGAAGCCUCUGUGGCUCAUGAUGGGCACCGCGUUUACAUUUCGAACCCGUGAAAUGGUCGAGGCUGCAUGCGGGCAGCCGGCAGCCCCGCCAUCGCUGCUGCUCACAGCGAAGCACUCUUUUUCGCCGUGGGACUACACAAAAGAUGCAUCGCAGCUGAAGAUCCCCAAAGAGUACCAAAAGCCGCGUUUUGUCAUUGGCCGAGUGUACCGCACUGAUGCAGACGGGAGAGCGGUGGCGGCAGACGCGGUGGGUCUCCGCCUUCUUGCUCAGCACCCCGUCCACGACGUAGCUCUACUCGCCGUCGAUGCCGCAUCGUUGAAGCUGCUGCAGUGCGCUACCGACGACUCACCCGCUUAUGCAUUGGACUUGGCGCACGAGGCGCUGCCGCUGUGCAAAGAGCCAUAUCCCGCGGCAUCGGAUGGACUGCUGAUUGGCUUCCGCGGCGUUGGCCGGCUUGGGGAGCUUGACACGCUGGACCCGUCUGUGCUGCAACGCCUGCCACCACACGAGCGCGAGGCCCUUCUUAAGGACCUACAGGACGUGGAGGGUAAGCAGAGACGAGCCACCACAACCGUCUCGGUACUGGACGCGCGGGGCAUGUGCAAAGGUGUGGGUGAUCUCGCCACAUGCUAUCACGGCAUGUCGGGCGGCCCCCUCGUCACCACAACAGGCCAAUGUGCGGGGGUGAUGUACGGCCACCAUCCGGAUGCUCCCGGCUGCAUCGGCUACACGCCCUGCGUGGACUUUGCAGGCUGGCUGGAGGAAGAGGUGCAGCGGUACACGAAGCGAUGCGACUCGCAUUGA